GGCGCUGUUAUUAGUUAGCGGCGUUUUAUUUUGUAGGUUAACUUUAUCGCUGUUCUCGCAGCCGUUGUUCGAUCUUACAAGUGCUGGCCGUUUGUUCGUCUAAAAUUAUUUAAUUGUCUUUUGUUAACUAUUUAAAUUCUAUUUGUAAUGGCGACGCAGUCUGCCGUUCCGGUGGUGCUGGACACCGCGGUUCGUGACUUGGUACCAACCGCUAAACUUCUUGUAGUUGGCGCCGGCGGAAUCGGAUGCGAAAUUUUAAAGAAUUUAGCACUAUCCGGCUUUUCAGACAUUGAAAUUAUUGAUUUGGAUACAAUUGAUGUGAGCAACUUGAACAGGCAGUUCCUCUUCAGAAAGGAGCAUGUUGGAAAGUCCAAAGCAAUGGUUGCCAAGGAAACCAUUCUUGGGUACAACCCUAAUAUUCAGAUUACAGCAUACCAUGACAGUAUUACAACAUCUCAGUAUGGUGUCAACUUUUUCAAGCGAUUCCAUGUUGUUCUCAAUGCGUUGGACAACCGUGCAGCGCGCAACCACGUCAAUCGCAUGUGUCUAGCUGCUGAUGUACCACUGAUUGAAUCCGGUACAUCCGGCUAUUCCGGUCAGGUUGAAUUUAUCAAGAAGGGAGUGACACAGUGUUAUGAGUGUCAGCCUAAACCACCUCAGAAGACAUUCCCAGGCUGCACCAUUAGAAAUACACCAUCUGAGCCUGUGCAUUGCAUUGUUUGGGCUAAACAUUUGUUUAAUCAAUUGUUUGGUGAAGAAGAUCCCGAUCAGGAUGUAUCACCUGAUACAGCCGAUCCGGAAGCAGCGGGAGAUGCAGGUAAAACAGCCCUGGUUGAGGAAAUGGACACAAAUGCUCAGGAUGGAAAUGUUCAACGCACAUCAACUAAACAAUGGGCGGUCGACAUCGAUUAUGAUCCGGAAAAACUGUUUAAUAAGUUUUUCGGAGAUGAUAUUAAAUACUUAUUGAGUAUGGAAAAUUUAUGGAAAUCACGAAAAGCACCACUGCCGCUUUCUUGGUCAAAAGCUCAGGCUAUGAUCGAAGAACCCUCCGAAAACGCCUCGAAUAUUCACCGUACUGACAUGCAAGUUUGGUCUCUAAGCAAAUGCACCGAAAUCUUCGAUCAGAGUAUUGCUUCCCUUAAGAAAAGCCUCCAAGGCAAAAGUUUCCUUGUCUGGGACAAGGAUGAUAAGCCAGCUUUAGACUUUGUUACCGCCUGCGCCAACAUUCGCAGUUACAUCUUCUCCAUUCAACAGAAGUCGCGCUUUGAUGUAAAAUCCAUCGCUGGCAAUAUUAUUCCUGCAAUCGCGACUACCAACGCGAUGGUGGCGGGUCUUGUGGUCUUGAUGGCGAUGCGAGUUCUAGCUAAUGACUUCGACCACUGCCAGUCGAUUUACGUUCGGCAAAAAUCAUCCGUCUCGAAUACGGUACUCAUGGCCGAGAGGGUCAUUGAGGCUGCCAAUCCAAAAUGUUACGUUUGUGCACCACAGCCAUUUGUCAAUGUUUAUGUGAAUAUCAAUUCAAUGACACUGAAAGAUUUUGAGAAUGAGGUCCUAAAGAAGAGUUUGAAUAUGAUUGCACCUGAUGCGCUCAUAGACGGCAAGGGAAUUGUGAUUAUUUCGUCGGAUGAAGGUGAAACAGAUGUCAAUAACGAUAAGAAAUUGUCGGAACUUGGUAUCUUUGACGGCAGCAUCCUGAAAGUCGACGACUUUUUGCAGGAUUAUGAACUCACUGUUUGCGUACAUGAUUACGAAGCAAAAGAAAAAGACGAUCCGCCGUUUAAGAUUUCUAGUGAUGUCGAAUUGAAGACAAUUGAGGAAGUAAAUGAUGCGAAAAAUGGGGAGAACAAUGGAAACGCUAAUGGAUCUGGUGAUGCGAAAGCGCAACAAGAUGGCGACGAUGAUGAUGACAUCGCCAUUGUAGAGAGUGUAGUUGAGGACGACCCACAGGAAGGUCCAUCGAAACGUCGUAAGAUGAAUCCACCCGAGGAUGAAGACGACGAUUUGGUACUCAUUGAAGAAGACGACGAUUAAUUAUUAACAAAUCUCCAUGUAUUUAUUUUUCUAUUUCAUGUAGCUUAUCAAAAAUGUCAAAAAUGAAAACAAGAUAUGCUCUAUCAAAAGAGUAAUAAUAUCGUUAAAAAAACA